UUUUCACUAGGUGCUUGGUUUCCUGGCUAGUGUUAUGGGCCUAAAGGUUUGGAUUCAACUCGUUACACAAGCCCGCCGAUCUUUACGUUGGGAAACUUGACUAUGUCAGAAGAGACUCGUCCAUCCGAAAGGCCACGCCUGCAGCUCAAGCCGAGAGACCCGACCGCUGCUCAAGCUUAUGAGUUGCAGCGUGCCCGCUCAGGCAGCAACCCUUUUGGCGCUGCUAAGCCCCGAGAGCAGGUCAUCGCCGAGCGCCUCGGCAAGACUGAGGAGGAGGUUCUUAAGGAGACCUUUAAGAAGGAGCGGCCAAAGCUUCGUCUAAACGCUGAGCAGUUGGAGCAGCGGAAGCAGGCAGAGGCUCGCAUCGAUGAGGCCCGCAGCCGGCUGGUUGUGGUGGAGGAGGCGGGGCGCCGGGAACUAGAGGUCGAACUUCAAACUGCUGAGUCUGAGUUGGAGGCGCUCUUGGACUGCUUUGAGGCCCUGGCGCUAGAGGCAGCACAACGUGGGGAGGUGCAGCGACCCAGCGAGCGCCGCCAGCAGCAGGGGCAGGGGCAGCCGGGGUACAGCGGGGGCUCAGAGGGCGGUCGCGUCGGCUGUGGUCGCAGGGACUUCGGACCUGGCGGCGAGCGGCAGCCUCAGGAGAGCGCCUACGACAGGGAACGCGGCCCCAGUAGAUACGACCGCCAGCAGCAGCCGCGGGCGUUUUAUGAGAGGGUGGAGGGUGGCGACGCUGCUGGCGGACGUGGAGGAUACGACAGGGCCGAGCCCCGGGAGUACGACAGGCACCGCGGUGGUUACGACCGGGCAGAGGGCGGCGGCCGCGGAGGGUAUGCAGGGGACCGAGGUUGCGGUUCUGGUGGCGAGCGUGGCAUGUACGAGCGGGUGCCUCGUGAGCCGCGGGAGCCCCGCAAGGGUGGCUACGAACGCUUCGAGAGGGGCUACGAGCGCGAGGGGCGCGGGGUUGACCGAACCGGCGAGGAGUAUAAGAGCGGCGCUCGGGGUGGACGUGGUGGCGGCGACUGGGGUGCCGGCUACUCCCGCGGCAGCGGACACGACCGAUACGAGCGCCGGGGUGGCAGUGGCGGGGCUGGUGGAUACGAGCAGAGCGGUCAGGUCUACCCCGGUGGCUAUGGCGGCGACAUGCCACGCGGCGGUGGCCAUGCUGUAGGCGUGGAUGAUUCGCUGCGGGGUGGGUACGGCAGCAGUCGUGGCAGUCGCAGCGGUGGUCGCAGCUUCAGUGGGCCCACACUCGAGGAGCUCACUAGCUCUGACUACGUGAGCCCCUACACUCUUAACCAGGACCGGUUUUGAAAGGAACAGCUGGUGGUGGUAUAGGAGAAGGACUACAGAUUGGGAGACUACCGGGUACAGUGAACUUCCAUUAAGGAUGUUGUUCAUGUACAAGGUUUGGAGAAAAAGGUUGUCUUGGGGGGCAGGGGGGUAGUUUCCCUGCAAAAUGACCCUAUUCCAAAUCCGGAAGUCCCCCCCCCCCCGAGGUGUUAUCAGGAAUUGGAAUCCAGUAUUCGGCUGCUAAACGCGCGCCAGUGAGGGAAAGAAAACCACCCUUUGCCUAUGUGGUGUAUCCGGAAUUCGUUGGUGCUGUGGCGCAGCUAUCCCAGGCCCCAGCGGCUACAAAUGCAAUUGCUGCUCUUUGGACGGUUCGCCUCGGUUGCAAAAAUGGACACUGCCCGCCCCCCCGCCCUUACACUGGACAUAAGCAUAUUGAGGAUCGCCGGCUGUGCGACGUCUGCUUGCACUUUGGCAAAUGGGUCCCGACCAUGGUCGCCAACACUGCACCCCCCAAGCAAACAGUAUCUUCAAGAGAGUAUGUCUAAAGAGAAGGAUAUGAGAGCUGCUGUACUGCAGCUGAUUCUGUGACCCAUGAAUAUAGUCGUCACGAGUUUCAGUGCAUAGUAAACUCCACUUGUACGCUGCAAUGCGUCUAUCUCACAACUUAUUCAACACAGAUGUAACAGUCGGCAUACAUGUGGGCAAGGAAAUCAUGCACAGUUACAAAACGAAGCAAGUGGGUUGUUCGUUAGUGUCUGGGAAAAGCAUUGCCAUUGCGGCCUUCCCUACUGCGCGCCCGACCUCAGAAGCUCGUCCAAAUCACGUGCUACCGAACACCGGCAAUCUUCUUGAAACAUACUCCUUUAAGCCGUGUUUUCUCUUAAUGCGUUAUUAUCCUGAUCAUUAAUAGGCUAAGCGGUUUACCGGUGUCACCUGCAUUUGUUCAGGGCUCCAACCGAAGAAGCUUCUUAAUACCUUUAGCAGGAGAGCGGAACUAUAGUUCUGUACCUCAUGCCCUCCCUUGCCCGAGAUACCCGGG